GGAUUUUUACCUCCCCCGGGAAUAUAUAUUCCCAGAAGACAGCGUAUUCACCGUAUUUUGCGGAAACAUCUACGUGUACGCCCGUACGGACGACAUCGUUUAAAAGGAGGAGGCAGCGGCUUUAAACAAAUAAGUCGUAUAUAAUUACCCAACAUCCUUAGCAGUGAGCGAAGAAAAAUGAAAACGGCCAUGUCGUGGUAGCAAUUUCUUCACCUGCGAAACGGGGGAUAUUUCAUUACAAGUAGCUUUUCCACAGUAGCGGCAUAAGUAGUAGCCUCGAGUUAUUUGUACCUGCAGAUACAUUUUUAAGACGACGCAUCACAUUGAAGAGUUUGACCAAAACACGGGGUAAACAUGAGUGGAGGUGGGACGCCUUACAUUGGCAGCAAAAUUAGCCUCACUUCGAAGGCCGAGAUCCGAUACGAGGGGAUUCUGUACACCAUCGACACUGAAAACUCCACCGUGGCUCUUGCCAAAGUUCGCUCCUUUGGCACCGAAGACCGCCCUACCGACAGACCGGUCCCCCCCCGCGACGAAGUCUACGAGUACAUCAUCUUCCGAGGGAGUGAUAUCAAGGACCUGACAGUCUGUGAGCCCCCCAAAGCCACCAGCACCCUGCCUCAGGAUCCUGCAAUUGUUCAAUCCUCUAUUGGAUCCACCAAUGCUGCAGCCGCAACGUCAUUCCAGUCUGCGGGGUCCUAUGCACCAUUUAGCAGGGCCGCUGUCCCAUCUUACAGCCAGUUUGGUUCAACCCCCAUGGCACCUCAGCAGUUUGGGGCUGUUGGAGGAGCACAUGCUAGUCCAAAAUCAGACCCUCUAAAGAAGAGUCCCACUCUGGAGCAGGCAGUGCAGACUACCCCGUCAGCUGCCCUUGCUCCACCUGUCACUGUCGGACAAAGGAGUUCAGUGGCUGGAGUAGCCUCGAGGCCUACCACCACUACUGGUGGAAGCCAGAAGCCCCCAGACCUUGAGCAGAGAAAAGGCCCUGAGCUUCACAAAGGGCCUCAACCAGAUAAUGAGCAUAUCUCUGAAACCCGGGACUUCAGCAGGCGCCAAGCUUCAAAUGCUCCAUGUGCCCGUCGGAGCCGUGGAGGAGGUAGCCGCGGCAGGGGAAGAUUCAACAUGCGCAGGGAUGGCCCGAUGAAGUUUGAGGAGGACUUUGAUUUCGAGAGUGCCAAUGCCCAGUUCAACAAAGACGAGAUUGACAAAGAGUUCCAGAGCAAGCUGAAAUUGAAAGACGACAAACCAGAGAAGGCUCUGAAUGGAGAGGAGAACGCUGACUCGGAGCAUCAGGCUAAUGAUGGGACUGGUGAGGAGGAGGAGCCCGUGGUGACCUCCUGUUACUAUGACAAGUCCAAAUCCUUCUUUGAUAACCUUUCCUGGGAUGACGCACGGAAAGCUGGUGAAAGAGGAUUUACAAAAGAGCGACGGUCAACCCGGGCCGAGGAGAGGAGGAUGAACGCUGAGACAUUUGGUAUCCCCCUGAGGCAGAACCGAGGAAGAGGAGGCUAUCGCGGCCGUGGCGGUAUGGGGCCCCGCGGUGGCCGAGGUCGUCCAAUAAGCAGAGGCUCCUUUGGGCCACCCCGCGGGGCCCCACCCGGUUUCAGGGGUGGAUUCAGAGGUGGCAGAGGAGGCCAGGAGUUCUCCGACUUCGAAUACAGGAAGGAUAACAAGGUGGCUGCGUAGUACAGCGGUGACGGAUCCACAGAGAAUUGUAGCCCCACAUCAGGAAAUAUCUCCUUACGGAAGUUUUCUUUGGCCUCAACGUAUUACACAGAAAAAAAAAAUUGAAGACAUUCUUAUGAAUCUGACAUCAGCACCAGGGCUGACAACUUGUCUUCAGCAGGUGUGAGAGCGCCUCUUUCACCCCUCUCCUUUCUCUUGAAUUUGAAAAGGUUUUUUUUUUUUCCCAAAUGUCGAAUUUUGUAUAUGGUCAUCAGAAGGAUGAGGAUGUGUAAAUAUGUUACUUUGGUGGAAUAGUUCAGUAUUUUUGCAUCUGUUCCUUUCUUACUGAAGUCAUCUUUGAUAAUGUUUUGUUAUGUGUAAAAGAUGAAUGCAAAAAGCCCACUGAUACUGUGAGUGCACUGAUCACAAGCUGUGAUCGACAACUUUUUUACAUAUAUAUACAUAUAUAAAUUCAGAGAUGAAUUUUGGCACCCGAAUCACCCUGUUAAGCUACAGUACGUUUUUUUUUCCCUAUGCAGAUCUACUUCUUUUGGUCACCAAUUCAGUAUUUUUUGCUCAGAUGUUUGCAGAAGAAAAUUCUUGUGUCAUUGAUGUCAUUGCUCUUCAGUGUUUCAUCUUAUACUUUUUGGGGGGGGGUUGAUGAAUUUGCAAGUUAAAAGUGAAGCCAUUUACACUAAAUGAUUGGUCAUGCAGAUUUUUUUUGUAUAAUGAUAAAUGGAUCUGUAAGGUGGAAAAUCACGACUGAAAUUUUAAUGGAUGAAUUUAUAUCUAGUUUAUCUUUGAGCAAUUUGCCUGUUAAAAAGAUAGCUGCUUGACACCAGCCAACUCCUCUGUAGUUGUAGAAAUAUGCAUUCUGUAUUCAGGAUACAUUUUUGCCUCUGGAAAAUCUUUUUGCCCCUAAUAAAUUACAAGUGUUUUUGCAAUAAUUUACUAGUAACAAAAGGCAAAAUUGCAAGCUAAUGAAGGCUAUCAGCUGGGACAGAUGUAUUUGAUCCAGAUAUGGGGUUUGCAAGUAAUGUUUAGUGUGUCAAUUUUUUCUGUCAGAUGUAGUUAGGACUUGGUCUGUUAUGUACUUGUCAUGUUAGUACUUGACCUAAAGAUGCAUUAAGACACACUUUUUCAGUACCUCUCCAAAAAUAACUUGUCGUCUAAAGGUAAUUAUUGCAAGCCCUUCUACCCUAUCAAAAUUGUGCUGUUUUAUAUAUUUUUUUUUUCCACAAAUGGGUGUGUUUACUCCAAAGCUUUGGCUCUGUUUUGCUACAGCAGGUUGGUUUGCUGGAAAAAGGAUAUGUUCCAAAAUCUGUGAAUACUGUCUAAUGACAAAUACACUUGGCUACAAAUGGCAGCAUUUCUCCAAACCACCUCUGUCCACCAAGCUUGGACUUGUAUUUUCUCGCAACGUUGUUAAUAUAAUUUUGUCUCUGGAGCAGUUCUCUUUUUAUAUGGAUGUUAGUGAGCAAAGGGAUAAGAAUUAGAUUUUCGGCCAGUAGAGGGGGAUUGAGGGGUUUUGUUUUUGUUUAGUUUUUUGUUUUUUGUUUUUUUGUCAUUUGCUCAAUUUCUUUGUCAGUUCUUGAGGGAGUGCCUUCAGAGGGGUAUAUUUUUUAUGGCUCUCCCUUUAACAUAUAAAUGGCUUUUUUCAGAAAUGUAUUGAUGGCACUACUUCAAGACCUGUAUUCUAGAUCCUCUUAAGUUGCUGUGGAACUCAUUGAGCUAAGUUGACUUGGCUAGAAAAUGUGUCGUUUGACCGGAUAUUGUACAGAUGGCUGAACAUUGCUUGACCACAGAAUCUCACGAUAUCUAGGGUAUAAAUAACUUAAUACCCAAGAUAGAAGGCAGGCAGGAUUGGGGGUUUUGCACUAGCCGGUGUAAGUACCUGAGUUAAUUGGAGAAUCCAAACAGUGCGUAAUGUUUGAGCUACUUAAACUGACAGGUUUUCACGUGAUUGUUACUCUUACCAUCGCUGGAGAUGUGAACCAGGUGUUGCUUUCUCAUGGAUAUGUACAGCAUGAUGUGCUAAUACGUGGGUUUCCCAAAGCAAGUUCGUUUUUACUCAAGACAAAGAUAAAGAGUUGU